ACUGUUGGGUUUUUUUUGUUCAGGCUUUAAGACCAUUCCUUCCUUCAGAAUGUCCCUACACCAGUUCUUACUUGAGCCAAUCACGUGCCAUGCCUGGAACCGAGAUCGAACUCAGAUUGCCAUUAGCCCGAAUAACCAUGAAGUUCACAUUUAUAAGAAGAGUGGGAACCAGUGGGUGAAAGCUCAUGAACUGAAAGAGCACAAUGGCCACAUCACUGGUAUUGACUGGGCCCCCAAGAGCGAUCGCAUUGUUACUUGUGGUGCUGACCGUAACGCUUACGUCUGGAGUCAGAAGGACGGCGUUUGGAAGCCAACUUUAGUGAUCCUACGGAUCAACCGAGCAGCCACCUUUGUGAAGUGGUCCCCUCUGGAGAACAAAUUUGCUGUCGGAAGUGGCGCUCGGCUCAUCUCCGUAUGCUACUUUGAAUCUGAAAACGAUUGGUGGGUGAGCAAGCAUAUUAAGAAGCCCAUUCGCUCCACUGUCCUUAGCCUAGAUUGGCACCCGAAUAAUGUCUUGUUGGCAGCUGGGUCCUGUGACUUCAAAUGCAGGGUGUUUUCAGCCUACAUCAAGGAAGUGGACGAGAAACCGGCCAGCACACCUUGGGGCUCCAAAAUGCCAUUUGGGCAGCUGAUGGCUGAAUUCGGAGGCACGGGAAGUGGCGGCUGGGUCCACAGCGUCAGCUUUUCUGCCAGCGGGAACCGUCUCGCCUGGGUGAGCCACGAUAGCACCGUAUCUGUCGCAGACGCCUCCAAAAACAUGAUGCUCUCCCAACUGAAAACGGAGUUCCUCCCCUUGCUGAGCGUGUCCUUCGUCUCGGAGAACAGCGUGGUCGCGGCCGGUCACGACUGCUGCCCCAUGCUUUUCAACUGUGAUGACCGUGGCGCCCUCACCUUUGUCUCAAAGCUCGACAUUCCCAAGCAGAGCAUUCAGCGCAACGUUUCGGCCAUGGAGCGCUUCCGCAACAUGGACAAGAGGGCCACUACGGAAGACCGCCACGCGACCCUGGAGACGCUGCAUCAGAACAGCAUCACUCAAGUGUCUAUUUAUGAGGUGGACAAGCAAGAUUGUCACAAGUUCUGCACCACUGGUAUUGAUGGAGCAAUGACCAUCUGGGACUUCAAGACACUAGAGUCCUCCAUCCAGGGACUACGAAUAAUGUAGAACUGACACUUUGUUCUCUAGCAAGACAACCUUCUCUGAAGCCUGCGCAGACUUGAAAAGACAGGGUGAAGAUGGAUCACUUUUUUAAGCACUGAAAAAUGAUGACUUGGUGGAUUUAUUUUCCCCUAUUCAUCCCCCCAAUUUUGGUGAAAUGUAUUGAUUUGCAAAU